UCUCCUCUCCCGUGUUGGAGGAAGUACGGAGCAGCAGUCCACAAGAUCUCAACAAAACUGUAUUUUCCCGUCGUUUCUCUUUGGAUUUUGUUUUUCUUUUGAGUCCCCCCCCCCAGAGGUAUUGCUUAACGAUGCCUGCCACGCGUGACUGGAUUAACAACCCUUUGGGCGUCGUUGAAGGGAUGUUUGCUUCGUCCCAAGGCAAUCCGAAAUCUGGAUGGGAGGCUGAAGUAACGGGAUUCUUCAAAGAGCAACUGAGAGACAAGGAGGCUCGCGCAUCGGUUCCCUCGUUAAACGAUGUUCCCCUGCACUACCUGAAGCCCAACAGCCUGGUCAAAUUCCGUUGUUUGAUCCAAGACAUGUUUGAUCCCGAGUUUUACAUGGGAGUGUAUGAGACUGUUGAUCCGUCAACCAGUGCCAAAAUUCAGAGGUGCGGGAAAUACAAGGACGUCACAGAAUCUGGGGUGGAGUUCAAUUUCAGUAACACAGUAACCUCAGAGAGACAGACAUUCUACUGUGUUCCUAUCCCUGGUGAAAGCCCCUGGGUCAAAGAAAGCUAUGCCUGCUCUGGCCAAGCAAGAGUGAUGCCCUCCACCUCCUAUGUCCCAAGCAGACAGAAACGCAGUUAUGAGGAAGAUGACGACAUGGAAGUACCACCGCAGAAGCAGAGGGAAACGCAUCCUGGUCAUCAAAAUAUGACAGUGCUGCAUGGCAAUGGGGACUGUAAACGGCAGGAGACAGAAGCUCGGUCCAAACAGACGACCUCUGCCUCUCAUCUGGAUUUAAACUUCCCCCUGCCAGGAGAGAAGGGUCCAUCUUGCCUAGUCAAGGUGUACGAGGAAUGGGACCAGUUCAAACUGAAUGACACACUAGAGGUUUAUGGGAUCCUCUCCGUCAGCCCUGCCCUCAGCGCCUUGACAGAAGAGAAAGAUGUCUCAUCGUCACUGCUGGACCCCGCAGAAUCUAUGGAGACUGCAGAAGAGCAGAGAGUCCACAGUCCGCCUGCCUCACUCGUACCUCGCCUCCAUAUGCUCUGUGCCAAACCUCUGCCUCUCAACAAUCCCCUGCUCCCCUAUGCUGCCUUGGAGAACAACAGUGCCUUUUUAUCAUCCACCCUGAGUGAGAUGGCCUCCAUCAGGACUGAGUUGCUGACGUACCUCACUCACGUUCUCCUGGGUGAUGCCCUGGCAGCUGAGUACCUCAUUCUACAUCUCAUCUCCAACGUGUAUGCUAGGCGAGAUGUUCUCCCACUGGGCAAAUUCACCUUGAACCUGAGCGGAUGUCCCACAGGUUCCUCGUACACUGAACAGCUCUACCAAGUCAUUCAACAGCUUGUGCCUUGUUCAUACCGUCUGAGUAUGAGCCUUCAGAACAUGAAUCAGUUGCAGCUGGUGCCCAAGAAGGACUAUGUGGCCAACCGGCUAGUAAGUGGAGCCCUGCAGCUGGCCAGUAACACUUCCCUCUUCCUGGACGAAACCCAGCUGGAGCAGGGACAGCUGGAUGCAACAGGUGUGCGGAACAUCACUGCCCUUGGGAACCUGAUCUCAUGGCAGAAGGUUGAUUAUGACUUCAACUACCACCAGAUGGAAUUCCCCUGCAAUAUUAACAUGCUCAUCGUGUCAGAGGGGCGCUCACUGCUGCCGUCGGACUGUUGGAUACCCCUGCAGCCUCAGAUUGCCAUGCCCAGUAUGGAGGAGUAUCUUGGUGCCAUUCAAACCAUGCAGGCAUCGCCGCAGCUGAACAAGUUCAGAAUCUACCUCAGCGUGGCCCGAACUCUGGACUACAGUAUCACUGAUGAGGUCACAAAGGCUGUUGAAGAUGACUUUGUAGAAAUGCGCAAGGAUGAUCCCCAGAGCAUCUCUGCUGAGGACCUCCACAGGCUGCUGGUGGUGGCAAGGUUGCUGUCUCUGAGCCUGGGACAAACCACUCUCUCAAGAGACAACUGGAUGAGGGCCAAGCACAUGGAAAUGCUCCGGACUAACAGGACUGAGCAGCAGAAGUGUGUCAAUGGCAAUGAGCCAUGAUCAGAAACGGUCUGCGAGUGAUAAAAAUAUGGUGACACUUUUUUUGAUACUCAAAAGUUAAGACAUUUCUUUGUGUAUAAAACAGUUCAUUUUCUAUCCAAGAUGCUCGCCGUGGGUCUAAAUUUAGCUUAUGUCAGGUGCCAUUUGUAUUUUGACGACAUAACAGAUGAGUGAGACUAAUGGCACGAGUUGUACAUAGUUGUUCUUCAGUUUCCAUAUGUCGCCUCAUGCCUUAAAUUCAAAAUGGUCCGCAUUUCUGGGAUUCGUACUCUUACAAAAUAAGGCAGUACUUUCCAACAUUACUGCAGACCAAAUUUUCAGUUUUAUAAAUAAUUGUGCUGUUGAUCUCAAAAUGUAAAUAAAGCAAUGAGGUCCGCAUGAAAUAUCCCAUUUUUGUGCUUUUUUUUUCUUUUCUUACCCAAGUCAACAUUUGAUGCAGCCGUGUUGGGCAUGCUAAUAAAGUUCUUUGUUCAUGCGGGAUUUGACAAUAAACUUCAUGCAAGACUUGUUUGCUCUAAUGCUUUUAUUCCCAUGGAAUAUCUUCCUGGACCAAAGUGUACAGCGCACACUGUUCUGAAGUAACACACCGAAAAAUGAUAAGAAUAAAUAGGAUAUUUUAAUAUACAAUAAAAUCUGAAUACGCCAUGAAAAAAAAAACUCAGUUAUUGUAAGAAGUGAACUACAACCACAGACAUUCAGACAACAUGGCGCUAAUGCGGGAAAUGUGCUUAAGUGCAGUGCAAUCAUAUGCUCCGACCUCAUGAUAACACAAAUGUCAUGGUAGAUUAUCUAUGGGAAGGAUCCUUAUGGGGAUGGUCAACCACAGACAGCAAAUAAAGAGAUGGUUUCAAAAGCACUUGGUGUUAGAAAAAAAUAAAGGAUAAGAGAUCUUCACCUAUCAAAUGUCGGGUCAAGUUAAACUAUACCAGCUUUUGCAUAUCAACAAAACGAUAUCUAGCAAUGGGGGGGUCUUCUCUUGCAGGAAAGUCAAUUAAAACACUUGAUCCUUUUAAUUCAAUACAGAUUUAGGAAAAACUCAUUUCAUGUGUUUGAGAACUACUCCACAUUUCUGUAUUGAGUUAUCCAGAAGAUAAAAACGUACUAUUUGCACCGCAGCCUUACAUUCCUACUGCAAUACAGCCAUCUUAAAGCUUUGGCAGCAUCAAACGUUAAUCAGUAGGUUCAUUAACCGAUGAGCCAACCACAAUACCAUGCUGCUCCCACAAAACAGGAGACGCUCUCGUCUCAUGCACCAUGACUGGUCAGUUUGCAUGUAUAACUGCGAAUGAGCAAGAUGAAAGCGCAAAAAAAGUUGACUAGAGCGUUUAUCUCGGGAUAUUCUGACUUACGAGCAGACAACAGUUUAAUCAGACAAUAUUCACAACACUAGACUCGAGUGUCUUAAACUACCUGCUCAUAUUAAUUUCUACCGGGGUACAGUGACCGGGUCCUGUGUAGGAUACCAGUGAAAGCAUUACAGCCUUACACGUGAAGCAUUGCUUCACUUGAUCGAAGUUAAGAGAAAAAAAAAAAAGGAAGUAUAUGAUAAACAAACCUUGACAGCCAACUUGCACAUACUAUCUUUCCGGGAUUUGAAGAACACAAAUACCAGCAGCAGCAGGGAGGCUCUUGAUACACAAAUCCACACAUACUAUAUAGACACAACUAAUAGUCUUUGUCUCAAGGAUGCUCAUUUUCAGGGCAUUCCCUGCACAAUGUGGAAUGGCUGUACCAAUGGACGAAAUAUCCCAAGAUAAAAGGAAACGGACAUAAACACCCUGAACAUGAUCCAAUACUGUAUACAGUACACCCAAAUGUAAGAUUUAAGUGAAAUGGAAACGAGUUAAAAAAGGUAGAUUUCGCCAUGAAUACCUGAUAUACACAACCCCACUUCAAUUUUCCUGUUAAGGCAAGUAUGCUUUCAUUUAACGGAGUGCAUAAAACGCCAAACAGUGUUUCUAAUGUUUGGGUGACGCCAAUUGCAUAUACCUAUAUGCUGCUCUCAAGUCUUUGUCAAACAUGCAAAGUCAAUGUCCUCCGACCGAGGGCUUGGAUCAGGCCUACCCUCAGAAGUAAUUACUACAACCAAUAGCAUAAUAACAAAUUCAAUUCACAUACCUAUCAAAAACAUCUCUAACCAGUACCUUCUGGUUAUCAGCAGUUUGGAAUCGUAAUGGGGAGCCUUUUCAAAAUAAAAUGCUCAUACCUCAAC